AUGCAGGGCUGUGUGGUGAGGAGUUGGACCCCUCUGGGUCUGCUCCUGGUCUGUCUUCAUUUCCCAGGCCUCUUUUCGCGGAGCAUCAGUGUAGUGGAGGAGAAGGCCCCCCAACAUUUGAGUACCAACUUGCCUCUGCCUGAACAACCUCCUCUGAUCAGCCCUUCCAAUUCUGAGCAUCCUCAGCCCCAACCUGGCCCUGUUUCUGAGGACUUCACAAGGGCUUCUCUGAUGCUCAGUGGUUCUCCAGCAGAUAGCUCCCAGCCUAUAGAAGGGCCUGAGGCUCAGGGGUGGCCUCUGUCUGAGGGACCAUUCUUUGUGAAUUCCUGGUCCACUGAGGAUCCGUGGUGGAUGAUGGCGGCUGCGGAUGAGGACUAUGGAGAAGGAGCCCUGCCUGAAGAUCUAUCUUUUUAUUCUAGUGCAGAGGAUCUUCCACAGGGCAGUAGACCUUCAUCUGCUGGGCCCUCUCCACCCUCUACAGGAGCCUCCCCUGACACUGCCCCCCUCUCCAUGGAUUCUGAGUCUAGGCAUCCAGCCCAUUCCAAUGUGCUGGGAGCCUUGGAACCAACCUUUCGUCAGAGACCUUUCUGGUCUUUCAUCAACAAGAUUCGACAGGCACUCUUGUCUGGUCGCCCCUGUGGGAUCCUGAAUCCUAGGGUGCCUGUGGUGGGCAGAGGCCCUGGAACUGGAUGGGGAACCAGGCCCAUGCCAAACCCUGUAGGAAUCGGGGGCAUCAACAAUCAAAAUCCAAAUGCUGGUUGGGGGAAUGUUAAUAUGAUUCCAGGAGGCAUCUGGGAAAAUGUUAAUGGGCUUCCAGGAAACAGUUGGGAAAAUAUUAAUCAAUUUCCAGGUAAUAACUGGGGUCCUAUACGGCCAGUUAUUAAUAAAUUACCUCAUAGAGUUCUUCAUCCUCCCAACCCUUCUUUGAACAUCCCACCUGGCCUUUCUAAAUCUAAAGGCCCUGCAUCACAAUGA